AUGUCCACGACAAGCGGCAGAGCGCUCCGACAGUGUUCGCAGUGGAUCGGCCAGCACCGUCCUCGCCUGUUUGCGGCUCGCUUCUCGGCCUGCGCCCAGAGCCACAACGUUAUCCAGACACUCAAGCAGCGGUCGUUGAUCCAGCAAACAACCAGCGAUGCCGUUCAGGAAGCUGUCCGUCGACCCAACACUGUGUACGCUGGAUUCGACCCAACCGCCAGCAGUCUGCACUGUGGCAACCUGGUCACCAUCAUGGGCCUGCUGCACUUCUAUGCCCACGGACAUCAAGUCAUUGCUCUGGUUGGCGGAGCAACAGGCACAAUUGGCGAUCCCAGCGGCAGGUCGACAGAGCGGACGGCGCUCAGUAGAGACGCUGUCGAGCAGAACGUCCAUGCCAUCCAGCGCCAGCUCGAGCGGGUGUUUCAGAACGCCGAGCGCUACAUUGCCAAGCGCCAGGGCAUCAACCAGGCUCUGCAGCCGAUCAAGUGCGUCAACAACUACGCCUGGUAUAAAGACAUGUCCUUCCUCAGUUUCAUUUCGGAUGUUGGCCGACUCAUCCGGGUCGGCGACAUGAUCUCACGCGACAGCGUCCGCAGCCGGCUCGAUAGUCCGGAGGGCAUCAGCUUCACCGAGUUCAGCUACCAGCUGCUGCAAGCAUAUGACUUUUUGCACCUCUACCAGUCCGAACGAUGCCGGAUCCAGCUGGGUGGCAGUGACCAGUGGGGCAACAUCAUCACCGGCACCGAGCUGAUCCGCAAGCGAUUCAACGAGAAACUCGAGCAGGGCCGCGAGGCAGGAUCGGCCGCUGAAACAGCCAUGGAAACCCCCUUUGGGGUCACGAUGCCGCUGCUGACGACGGCAGCGGGAGAGAAAUUUGGCAAGAGCGCCGGCAAUGCCGUAUGGCUCGAUGAGAAUCUGGUUUCACACUACCAAUUCUAUCAGUUCUUCCGGAGAACACCGGACUCGGAAGUGGAGAAGCUCUUGCGAUUCUUCACGUUCCUGCCGGUGGAGACGAUCAACGAGCUCAUGGCACGGCAUGCUGCUGAUCCAGCAGGCCACCUGCCUCAGCGAACCCUGGCACGCGAAGCAACCGAGCUCGUUCAUGGAGAGCAAGCGGCAAUCCGCGCGGAAACCAAGUCCAAUGUUCUGUUCGACUCGGACUUUGCCGCUUUCACGCUGGCGGAGAUCCUGGAUGCAUUUGAAAGCGACGAGAUCAUGAUCCGCAUGCCGCGCUCGGCUGUGAUUGGCAAGGGCAUCAUGGAAGUUGCGGCGGAGUCGACGCUGACCAAGUCGAGGAGCGCAGCCCGCAAGCUCAUUGGCUCAGGCGGGCUGUAUAUCCAGAACAGGCCGGUCGCCAGCAUCGACCACGUGAUCGCUCCCGACGAUCUGAUCCAUGGGUCGCUGCUGCUGCUGCGCUCGGGCAAGAGCCAUUACAAGAUCGUGCAUCUCGCCUGA